UACAUACUAUCUGUAUACUAAACACUCACAAAGGAAACGCUAACAACAAAUAAAAUAAAGUGUAGGCUAUGGAAUACGUAAUUGCAUGUAAUUCACUUUGAAUUAUUUUAAAGUUUAUUUUAAAGGAUCAAUUUUGCUUUUCAUGCAUUUAUAAACAGCUGCAAACGCAACUAAAAUGUUUUUCUUGAUAAUAUAUGGACAAUCAAAAAUAACAACAAAAAAACAGUUCUUUCAGUUUGGAGAAAAUAUAUAAACCUUUCUCUUCUUAUGUGUUUUUCCUAUAUAUUUUAAAAUUCCAGCACGUCAGUUUAUUAUGCAGAAAAAGAUAGGAAAAACAUAAUACAUAAUAAUCUUAUUGUACAAAGACAAAUAAAGCAAAGCAGCAAUGUACAAUAUAUUUAAUACAAACAUUUGUAAUUGAUCCACUAAUGGAAUCUGCAAUAGAGCGAUAUUAACUAAAAACUGAUUUAAUAGUGUGUCGUGAGAGGAAAAUAGACAGAAUGUGUCUACAUCGUCCCUAAUCUAUAAAAUCGCAGGUCCACUUUAAAUACAUAGCCUACAUUUAUUCUUAUAAAAGUGUAAAGCAUUGCUUAUUUGGAUUACCUUUGUAAUCAGUUUCUAUAAUUUCCAUGAAGUGUUUAAUUUACUUGCCUCUCUCUUUCUUUUGCAGACGCAUAAGCCACGUAUCUGAAGACAGCGAUUGUUCUUUGUUCUGUUGUUGCUUUCCUUGCCCGUAAAAAUCGGCUAGAUGGCGCCAUUGCUCCAUGCUGUACCACAUAAAUUCAACAACUUGACCCCAGUGACGUCAAGACGGUCUGGCGCAUCAAGGCCACUUUCAAAACCCUAUUGGUCUGAAAAUCACAUGACAAAGCGCCUUGAAUCCAUAAUUAUGUUGCUGAUAUUUUUUGCCCCCCCAAAAGAUGUCAGCGUCCUACUGUCCUUAUCCACAUCGGCAUAGAGGAGAUUGUUUUGAAUCAAAAGAAAAACAAGUCAAGUAGCAAAAUGUCAUGCCCGAACAACGUGGCAGCCAACACAUUCCUGAUGGACUCGCUGGUGGGAGGAACGUCUCCUUACAGAGGUGAGAGCUAUUCCACUAACUCUGGAAUGUAUAUGCAAACGUCUGCAGAAUAUGGUUGCUCCAUGAUGGGUAGUUUUGGCAUUGUUGGUACCCCUCUCUCCAAACGGGACGAUCUGCAACCGACUGGGAUGCAUCUCAGCAGUUACCAGCACUCGCAUUACCUGUCGCAGCGGGACACUUGGAUCGCAGGAUCUAAAACUUACAGAGGCUCACAACCUGUUGCCAAGCCUUUGCACCCAUGCUCGUUUCCAGUCAGUAAUGUGAAAGAGGAAGCGAUUCCUUGUCUUUACCAGUCUGAUAUCGACAGCGCUAAGGAGUCCGCCGAGAAAUCCACCUACAUCCGUCUGGGAGACAAUAACAGCCACCCGAAUCAAAGCGCCGUCUCCACCCCCGAGUAUUUCCGACGGAGCCAGGUGUACGCCAGUGAGAGGGGCCACCAUGGAGAUGAGUUCGGCUCGGACUUUAACCCAAUAGCCAGAAUAUCCACGCCUGUUGAAGCACUAGCAGCAGAUUCCUGUGUCAAAAGCAGCAAAGCAAGGCAGGACCCAGAAGACAAGGGAGGGAAUACGCAGGAAGACGACAUGGAUCAGAGACAGACUAGAAAAGAGGAGAGUGUCUCAAAAACAGACAGUUGUACAGAUGAUUCCGAGAGCGAAUUGAAAGAUGAGGCUAAAUUGGAAAAAAACACGGGGAACUGGCUAAAAGCGAAAAGUGGACGAAAGAAGAGGUGUCCUUACACAAAGCAUCAGACACUUGAGCUAGAGAAGGAGUUCUUGUUCAACAUGUACUUGACUCGAGAGCGCCGUCUGGAGAUCAGCAAGAGUAUCAACCUCACAGACAGACAGGUCAAGAUCUGGUUCCAAAACAGAAGGAUGAAGCUAAAGAAGCUGAACAGAGAAAGUCGCGUCCGAGAGAUAACCGGCUAUAGUUUCAACUGAGCGCUUAAAACAGACAAAGGAAGAAAUAAGAAAUUACAUUCUAUCUCUCGUUUCCCACGCUCAGCCCCUCUCUAUUACCUAUUUAAUCUCUCUUUUUUCUGAUUUCUCCUUUUGCAUUCACAGACUCACGCACACAUACAAAUACAGAAUAGCAAGGCACUGGCCCGUGACUUUUAAUGCAAAGGGACUUGACAGAUCCUGCAAACAAUAUCUAGUUUAUAUCUAAGCCUAAUUUAUCAUUGUUGAACAGACCAAAAUAAUAAUUGUAAUUAUGCCAGUAGAGUAAGAAAAGGAUGCUUGGUGCAAAUUUUCGUGGCAGAUUUGUAAUUUAAAAAACAAGAUGUCCAUUCGAUGUCUUAGAUUAGUUUGUUUGCUGUCAGUGCGCUUGUCCUACAAUGCGCCCUCUGUAUAUUGCAUGCUUUGUUCUUUGACGUGUAUUUGUCAAUUUGAUGUUUAACUCGAGAGGCUGAUAAAUAAAACAGGGGGUGGGAAACUA